CUGCGCUGCAAUCGAUCCGCUUACAGACCGGACGAAAAAUGGUCUCUACGUUUGGAUUUUCGAUCGUGGUGACAAGUUUCGCGGCCACUUAUGCUUUGAUGCCGAGCGUGGACCAUAAAGUGAUCGCAUGUCGUAUGGAGUUGUCGACGAGAGCGUGGACCCGGUUGGCUGUGGAAGCCCGUAAAGUAGAGGAUUCCAUCAGAGACAAGUAUCUCACUGAAAAGGCACUUUUUGGCGCCUUAUACCGGCAAUUCAAAGGGAGCGCCGACCUUUUCAACAGUUUGCCGGAUAUCAGCAUGCUCAGCCCCGAAGCUUUGUGGCAGCUCAAUCAAAACUGCGUCCUGGCCCCGUCUGGCUUGGACCUGCUCCUCGGCAAUGCAGAGAUCUCGUACCCCGAAUUCUACCAAAGGUAUCAGACUGAUUUCCGCACGAUGCGCGACAUCGUUGGGAAACUCAGAGAUGACAUCAAGAACUGCGGAGCUGGACUUCAUAAUCAAGGAACCUACUGA